AUGGGGUUUAAAAGUUUUUUCAAUUAUAAGGAAGGUGAAAAGGAAAACAAAAUGGAUAGCUUAAAUACUGAAAAUGGUGAAGAAAAUGAAAAUAACAAAAUUAGCGAUCAAACUAGCAAAGAUGAAGGGAGCCCAAGUAAAAUAGACGAUAAAGAUAACAAAGUUUUUGAAUCGGAUAAAUGUGGUGAGGAUGGCGAAAUGAAUGAGAAAAAUGAGGAAUUAAAAGAGGGUAAUAUCAAGGAAAACCCCAAAAAACGAAAAAAAAGUAGUGAAGCUAUCAAAGGGGAUAAUAAUGUUGAAAAAGAUAAUAACGAAAAUGUUUCUAAAAAAAAAGCUAAGUGUAAUAUAUCUAUUGAAGAAGAUUUGAAAUCGAGUGAGAAUAAGAAGGAUGUUUCUGAAAAAGGGGAAACAUCUUGUAACAAAGAAAUUGAUGAAAAUGAAAAAAAUAAAACAGUAAGUAGCAAAACUACAACAAUAGAAAAUAAUAACAAUAAUAUAAAUUUAGAGAAUUAUAGAAAUUAUCAAUAUUAUUAUAAUCAAUAUUAUGGCAAUCUAAAUAAUGUACAAACAAUGGGUAGUGAUAUAGGAAAUGGAUAUAGUAGCAAUAUUUCAAAAGAAAGUUUUCAAAAUAAAAAAAAUAAUUCGAAUAAUAAUAUAAAUGCAUAUCCUGAAUUUAAUAAUUUUAAUAAUAUAUAUAUGCCAAUAGGUAUGAACAAUUACUAUAACAUGUACAAUUAUAAUUAUAUAAAUGGUUAUGCAAAUAUUGGAAAUGUUGGCGGGAUAAAUAAUCACAACUAUAAUUAUUAUUAUGAUGGAAAUGUUGAAAAUAGUGGAAUGUAUGAUUAUAGUAAAGAUUUAGUAAAUAGUGGAGGGAAUGAUAUGAAAAAUUAUGCUUUCUUUUCUCUUAUAAAUAGAAGUUUAGAAUUAAUGAAAACAAGCGACAAAGUAAAAGCAAUAUUAAAAAACCCAGCAAGGUUGCAAGUAACACAAGAAGAAUUAAAUAAAGUAGAACAUACACAAGAAAAUCAAAAUAGUAACAUAUGGUUUGGUAAAUAUGUAACUGAUAAAAAUAAUAAUAAUAACCCCAAAUUUGUAGCUAAAUAUAAAUGUAAUCCUUCUAAAGAUUCAGGAUAUACUAAAGCAGAUAAAUCAUAUGCAAACAAACCAUAUUUUUGUAUUUAUUUUGCUCGUGGUUGUUGUGCAUAUGGCCAUAAUUGUUUAUAUAGACAUAGAAUACCAACAGAAAAUGAUGAACUUGAAUUUGAAAAUACUAUGGAUAUAUUUGGCAGAGAAAAAUAUAAUACUUUUAAAGAAGAUAUGAAUGGAAAUGGAAAUUUUAAUAAUGAUUGUCGAACUUUAUUUAUUGGAAGUAUAUACAUUAAUAAUUUUAAUGAAGUAAAUGCUAUUGAAAAAGUUUUAUAUGAUGAAUUUGUUAUUUAUGGAAAUAUAGAUUAUGUAAGGUUUAUUCCAAACAAAAAUAUAGCUUUUAUACAAUUUACUAAUAGAGUAAAUGCAGAAUUUGCUAGGGUUGCUAUGUCUGAUCAACCACUUGCUAAUUAUUCAAUUUCCCUAACAAUUAAAUGGGCAUUCGAUAUGAAAACUCAACCCUCUGUAAAUCCUAUAAAUUAUUAUAAUGGAAUGAAUAAUGUAAAUCCAUAUUUUUAUAAUUCAAAUCAAACCAUACCAUCCAAUUGGUCACAAUAUAUGCCACAAAAUCCAUAUGGGGCUUCAUCAAAUCUAAAUUAUUACGAUCAAGCAAAUAAUUUAUCUAAUCCUACCAUAGGCCCAGCUAAUUUUCCUCCAAAUUUUACAGCGAACAAAGGAAAAGCAGUUACUGGUCCAUCUCCUAUUGCCCCUAACCCAUUGGCUGUUCCUACUCUGCCUAUUCAUCCACCUCUUAACAAUAAUAAUGCUGCUCAAAAUGGAAAAAAAAAAAAAUAA